AUGUCGCGCAUUGCUCUGGUAGUGGCCGGCAACGGAACUGCGACAAGGCGUGCGGUCCGUGUGCGGAUCCCGGCGCAUGCGCUACGGUCGCUUCCUGCUGUGCUGGAAGUUGUGACUCGAAGCUUCGCCAUCUCGGGCUCGCGGGCGACGUCCCUGUUUGUGUGGCCCGCCAUGGACCGGGUCACCGACGUCCAAGCGGUGUUUGUUCACCGCGCGCCUGACGAGCCACUUCUGCGAUUAGUUGCUGGCCUCGACGGACGAGUCCCGGUCAAAGCGCAAGUGCCAGCGCAAGCAUGGCCGGCGGUGCGGCGAGGUUCCGUUACCGCCGCGCCGAUAUCGCACCUUGCAAUGGAGGAUCAUGCGGUAGAGCUGCGGCCGCUGUUCUCCAUCACUGUCUUUCUCAACGGCCAUCCGGCGCCGCCGACAUCAGUGGAGGUCUCGGCAACUGUGUUCAAGGACCUGGCCAUACUCAUGGCGUUCCUCGACGAGUCACUUCCGUCCAACUCACGGGUCUCGCUGUACAAGCUCUCGCGGCUGGUUUCGCUCACAGGCCCCGUCUCGCAGGACGGCGAGACCGAAGCUGACGACGACGCCAUGGCCGCGCUCGACCGCAUGUUGUCCACCACGUUGUACGAGCCCGAGCCGGUCAAGUCCAAGGCACGAUCGACGACCAAGGCCAAAGCCAAGGCCAGGUCCAGGUCCAGAGCCAAGUCGCAGCGAAGCGACUCCAGGUCGUCCGGAAAGCACGGAGCUCCAGGACGGGCUGAGAAGGCCCUGCGCUCGGGUGCAACUGCGUCUGUUGUCGACGGCGACGCGCUGGCCAUGCUGGUUGCUUCUCGGCCGAUGUGGCAGAGCCAUGUGGUGAGACGGUUGGAUCAGCUGCGGCCAGGUCAUACCUACGUCGCACUCGGUCGCGAGGACUUUGUCGCCGCGCCCUACGCCAUCGACUUUGCCUCUGCACUCCUUGCACCUCAGGAACACACGAUCGACGCCGACGAUGCUGCCCACUCCACUAACCCAGCCACGCCAGCGGAGUUGCCAAUGUCCAGUGCCAUGCCGUCAGCUGCCAGCACACCGCGAUCUCUUCUGACCUCGGACUCGCUGUCCCACUCCAUCGACCAUGACGACGGCAAGAACGAGUCCGAGCGGCGCAGUAGAAGAUCUCGCAAGUCCAAGUCCAAGUCCAAGUCCAAGUCCAAGUCCAAGCCGCCCGCCCCGUGA